UAGUCCAUUUGUUUGGCCGGGACAAAGCAGGGGGAGGCUGUAAAGGUUUGCUCGCCGGCGGACGGGGGUGUUGUGUUGUGAUGGGUGUUUUCUCAGCGCUCGAGGAAACUGCAUCAGUGUGCGUUCUCCAGCCGGGAGAGCAGAGCAGCAUGGACUCACGCCGGAUUAAUCUCCUCGUCGGCGUUUUAUUUAUUCCUGUGUUUACGGCCGUCGUACUUUCUUGAGCCCUGAAUGCGGACGAGGAGCACUAUGCACUCCAGAGCCAAGUCCCGGAGCUGUGAUAACUACCUGAGCAUAAAGGACUCGGAGUCGCUGGACCGCUGCAUUCAGAGCGUGCUAUCGGCUCUGUUUCCUCCGUUCAGCGCCUCGGCGGCCACCGUCCUAUGGCAGCUCUUCAGUGUAGUGGAGAGACAGUACCGAGGAGACGGCCUGCGCUGCUUCAUCGACUUCCUGCUGCCCGCCAAAAGAAUCCUGCAGACCAUAAAACAGGAGUCCUGUCUGCGAUUCAAAGGCCUGUUGCUGUACCAUGAGGGAUGGCCGCUGUGUUUGCAUGAAAAGGUGGUUCUGCAACUCGCCCCCUUGCAUAAAGUACGUCUACGGCAGGGAGAUUUCUACCUGCAGGUGGUACCCUUAGGCCGCAAAGCUGCCAAGCUGGUCAUAAAAUGCCUGUCAGGGAGCGGGCAAGCCAUCACGGAGAUCCCUGUGGCCGAGAGCAUGUACGGAAACGUGUUCACGCCCGACUUCUUGCAGAAUGUAGCGCGUGAACGCAACCUGCACCCUCUCCAGAACUGCCUCCUCAGCACUGGCGCCGUGGUUUAUCGAACGCCCUGGAAGAACGUGGUCAAUCCUUUGUUUGUGACCAACACCGCCGACGCAAUCAUGCAGGCGCGGAGCAACGGCGGGACCCUUCGGGGGCAACUCAGUACCUGCAGCACCCAUGGAUCCACUGGAACGCUCAGUUCAAGAGACUCCCUGGGUGCCGAGUCCACCGUGUCGGAACCAGUUUUCAGCCGCAGCCUCACAGACAUGGGCAUCAGCUCCCUGCACCCGGAGGACUCGCCCUUGCAAAAGAGUCCCAACUCCCUUCCCCAGACGCCCAUCUUGGGCAGCCCGGAUCAGGGAUGCAUCCGAAGCGGAAUCAGCCACAAAAUCCUCUCAUUUAGUACGGACCUUAGCAAUCCCGGCCUUCGCAAGCGGCAUCCCAGAGACUCGGCUGCUUUUGAGUCGCGCCGGCUUUUCCGCAAGUCCUACAUGGAGGCUUUGCAGAACCCUAUGAACCUUGGCUCCAGCUCCGAAUCAAUACUUGAGGAAGGGAUUGAGUCGGAGCCGGGAGCGCGUCGCGGCUCUGGCCCGAAAGAGCUAAUCCCACGGAGAAUCUGUGUUCGUGGGUGGCUGGGGGGAGAUGAAUCUUGCAACAAUUCUCCUGGCAUCCAUACAUCCAAGAGCGCCGAGCUCAGUCCGGGCGAGAGACGCUCCAAAUCACUUGAACGUGCCAACAAGGCCUUGCAGGUUAAAGGCCACCGGGCUCGGUCAUCUUCCGGUGGAUCCGGUAGUGGCCUUCCCAGGAAACUUAUGAAUGGUUAUGCAUUUCGUUUUGGAAAAUUGGACUUGGAGGCGGCCUUUCCCGGCACCGACAAACGGAGCAACAAAGAGAACUCAGGUGUCUCCGAGGACGGGGAGGAGUGUGUUCAGUGCUCAGCGCCCCCUGCUGUCUGUUCCUCAUCUCUCUCGUCUCUCAUCACUGAGGUCAACCAGGAUCUGCUGACCUCUGGCGCUCUCACGCUCCCCGGGAACCAGGACCGCGGCGGCAGGGCUGUUCUUCAGGUGAUCAGCAGGAAUCAGGUCUGGACGGAUGCUCUCUUCAGCUCAGAGCAGGUCUGCCAGCUUCUGUGUUAUUUCUGCGGGAGGCUGAGGAGAGAGAAGCGAGGUCUGGGUGUGACGGUUCUCGUGGACGCUCGCGGUCAGCCCGUCUCCUCGGUGCUCUUCAGCGCUCUGUCUGAGCUUCAGGUGAGGAGCUUCACCAUGCCAUACAAGAAGGCUCUCGUACCCAAUGCACUUUACUCAGUUUUGAUUCUGGCCGACCGAGACGGGGCAGUGAAAGUGGAGCGAGACGUCUCGGUUCCCGUUGAAGUCCUGACGUCUCUGAAAGCUCUGCAGAAGCACAUCGAGCCGUCGCAGCUCACCGGAGACUUCGACGGAUCCUUCUCCUACGAGCACGGACACUUUGUUCACUUCAGACAGAAAAUCGGAGCGUUUGCGGCGAGCUGCAGCGCUGCCAUCACGUCCCUUCAGAGCUCCAUCGAGACGCUGAACAACAUCAGCAGCCUGGAGACGUCUGAGGAGGUGUCCGACGUCAUCCGCCGGCAGAAGAGUCUCAUGAAGAGCGUCCUGGACGACGCCGAACUCAACCGCCUGCGGCUGGAGGGCGGCACUUUCCUCGCCCGCAUCCGGAAAGAGGAGAUGUGUGAGAACGAGAACUACAGGGACGCUGUGGACCAGGUCAGUGCUCUGUAUAACCAGCUGGAUGAAGAGGUUCAUAAGCUGGUCAUUCUGUCUAAUAAAUCCCUGCAGCAGCUGGAGAAGCUCCUGGAGCUGCGCGUCUUACAGCAGAGACACCAGGAGGUCAAGAGGUGGUUCUAUGUGGAGAGCGAGAAGCACUUGGCUCCUCUGGACUCCUACAGUCUCUCUCUGAGCUCUGUUCAGGACCUGAGACAGAGUCUGGCCCAGUUCAUGGACGAGUCCAGCGAACAGCAGAAGAAAGCAGCAGCGUUACUGAGGGAGUCUGAAGCUGGUCCUGCUCUUCUAGAGGUCAAAGAGCACAUCAGCUCCGUCCUGCAGCGCAGCGAAACACGCAAACAUGAGCUGGACAUUCUGCUCAAUCUCUACGAGUUCUACGAAUCGGCGAAGCAGUGGAUGCUGCACUGUCAGGAGUACUUCUGUCGUCUGAGGCUGGACCGAGACGCUCCGGGUCUGACCCCCGGCGUGCUCCAGGUCCUGCAGGACUACCACGGCGAGGCCACCAAGUUCUCUCUGGAGAACUUCAGCUCUCUGAACCAGACUGUGCUGAAGCUGAAGAGCGAGAGAGAGCAGCAGCGCUGGAGCAGCGUCUGGCAGCAGUGCCAAGAAACCAGACGGCAGCUGGAGGAGACGCUGAGCGCUUACGUUUGUGUCACAGAGAGCGUGUCGAGUCCUGAGGAGACCCCGACCGGACCGGACCCGUCCGCGGCUCCCGCCCUGAGCUCCUCUUCCUCGCCGGCGCCGUGUUUCGAGGACGAAGACGAGAAGUCGGCUGCGUUCUCCAGAAGCGCGUUCCCGUUCGAGGACACGGACAGCGACUGCACCGUCGACUCGUCCGCCUCGUGUCACUCGGAGCCGCUGCAUUCCCCGGCGGCCCGCCUCCGCAAGCAGCCGCUCAAGAAGAUCAUGAAGAAGACGCUGAGCUCGGAGCUGGUGGCGCGGGACAGAGCUCGCGGCGGCUACAGCGGCGUCUGCAUCCGAGGACUGGAGGUGUCCAACAGCGGCCCGAGUCCGGCGCUGAGCCGAAGCCGGAGCAUGUCGUCUCCAUCUCCUCAGAACAGACCCGGCCACACAGACGCCAAGAGACACAGCGGUAAAAUCCAGCACAUCAUGGACGAGAUGAUCUCCACCGAGAGAGAGUACGUCAGGUCCCUCAGCUACAUCAUCCAGCACUACUUCCCUGAGAUGGAGCGCCUGGAUCUUCCUCAGGACCUCCGGGGGAAGCGCGGCAUCAUUUUCGGGAAUCUGGAGAAGCUGUGCGACUUUCACAGACAGUACUUCCUGACGGAUCUGGAGAGCUGCUCUCAUUCGCCGCUGUCCAUCAGCGGCUGCUUCCUCAAACACGAGGAGCAGUUCGGGAUGUACGCCCUGUACAGUAAAAACAAGCCUCGCUCAGACGCCCUGCUCACGAGCCACGCUAACAGUUUCUUCAAGAACAAGCAGGUGGAGCUGGGCGACAAGAUGGACCUGGCCUCGUACCUGCUGAAGCCCAUCCAGAGGAUGAGCAAGUACGCUCUGCUCCUGAAGGACCUGAUCAAGGAGUGCGCUCAGUCUCAGGAGCAGGAGCUGGCCGACCUCCGAACCGCCGAGGAGAUGGUCAAGUUCCAGCUGCGCCACGGGAAUGACCUGCUGGCCAUGGACGCCAUCCACGGCUGCGACGUCAACCUGAAGGAGCAGGGUCAGCUUCGCUCUCAGGACGAGUUCAUCGUUUGGUGCGGCCGCAAAAAAUACCUGCGGCACGUUUUCCUCUUCGAGGACCUCAUCCUCUUCAGCAAGACCAAGAAGAUCGAAGGAGGGUACGACAUCUACAUCUACAAGCAGUCCUUCAAGACGGCCGAGAUCGGGAUGACGGAGAACGUGGGAGACAGCGGCCUGCGCUUCGAGAUCUGGUUUCGCCGAAGAAAAUCGCAAGACACCUUCAUCCUGCAGGCCGCUUCCGGAGAGGUGAAGAACGCCUGGACCGCCGUCAUCGGGAAGAUCCUGUGGAGACAAGCCUUAAGAAACCGAGAGCUGCGGAUGCAGGAGAUGGUUUCCAUGGGGAUUGGAAACAAGCCGUUCAUGGACAUUAAACCCAGCGACUCCGCCAUCAGCGACCGAGCCGUGGACUACAUGAAAGGAUCAGAGUCCCGGACGCGAGCGUCUGUCGCCGUGUCCUCGUUCGAUCACUCGAUCACGCCGUUUAAGAGACCUCACUCCACCAUCUCUAACAGCAGCUCGUCGUCAUCCAGCAGCCAGUCGUCGUCCUCUCUGCUGAGCUCCCUGAACCUGUCUCACCCGACUCACCCCGCCCUCAGCCACUGGCCCUACGCCUGCAUCGAGGAGGACGAGCUGGAGCACGACAUCAGCCUCCAGACCUCCCCGCGAGCGUCCAGCAUCAUCCGGCCUUACUGAUGGAGAGCUACACCAGCGACGGAGGCUCGUACCUGUCCACACCGUCCCCGUCUCCACCCAAAGACACGUCCUCCAUCCUCUACCACAAAGAGCAGGAGCUGAGCCGAGAGAUCAUCACAGCGGUGAGAGAGACCUUUAGCAGACGUACCACAUCUAACCCUAACAGUGCACCAGCUGUGAAGCGUUGGGAAACAUCUCUUCAUUUCUUCAUUUCGUCGUUUCACAGACCGACCGCAGCGCAGAAUAAAAGUCCUCGGCCGGAUCUACGCGAACUCCUCCUGAGACGUCUCAAAGAGUUGAACGAUUCGAGUCCCGCCACUACUAAUACAACCCAGACAGGACCGAGUCCGAAUGUUUACUACGAAAUUAAAAAUAAAACCACAGUCGUGAAAAUCAAAAAUUGAAUUUUGUAAUUUAUUAAAAUGCUUCCCUGCUCACAGAAAUAAUAAUAAAGAAAAAACGAAAUAACAUUAAUUCAUUUUGAAUUACAUUAAUUCAGUAUAUGAAUGUGAAAAUAUGUACAAAGAAAUAAUAUCCAGCUUUACUGCUAAUAAAUCAUAAUAAAGAAAAAAAGAUGUCA